AUGGCAGUCUCUGUUUCGUUUGGAAGGAGUGCUUGUGGUUUACAUCAGCUGUGGCUGACAUUUGCUCCUGUGGCUGACACGACAGCUGCGUACUUCCACAUUUCCCUGGAGAUGGUCAACUGGCUCUCAAUAGUGUACCUCCUCAUCUCGAUCCCAUUUGGUCUGGUGGCAACAUGGGUUCUCGACAGUGUGGGGCUCAGAUGUGCUGUGAUCCUGAGCUCAUGGUUGAACAUGACUGGUAGCAUCAUCCGGAUAUUCAGCGUCCUGAAGGUCCUGAACUUGGGUUCCCAGAGUUACUGGUACCUGUUUACUGGCCAGUGCCUCUGUGCACUGGCACAGCCCCUCAUCAUCUUUUCCCCGACAAAACUGGCAGCACUGUGGUUCCCAGACCACCAGAGAGCAACAGCAAAUAUGAUUGCAUCGAUGUCCAAUCCCUUGGGUAUUCUUAUAGCAAACGUGCUGUCACCUGCACUAGUUCCUGAAGGAAAGCGCAUCCCACUGAUGCUGGGUGUUUAUGCUGUCCCAGCAGUUACAGCCUGUGCUCUAGCAACUGUGGGGAUUCAUGAGAAGGUUCCUCCAACACCUCCUUCGGCCAGUGCCACUAACUCCACCUCCAAGCCAUUCCUCACAGGACUCAAAAUGCUCCUGAGAAAUAAGCCGUACAUCGUCCUGGCUGUGUGCUUUGGAGGAGGAAUUGGGAUGUUCACCUGCUUUUCAGCUCUGCUAGAACAGAUCCUUUGUGAAAAAGGGUAUUCAAAUGAAUUUGCUGGUCUGAAUGGUGCACUGUUCACAGUGUGUGGUUUGUUGGGUGCUUUCCUGCUAGGCCUGUAUGUGGACCGGACGAGGAAGUUCAUAGAGUCCACCAAGAUCUGUUUCUGUCUGAGUGCCCUUGCCAGCAUUGUGUUCGCAGUGACUUCCCGGUUCAGACAUCAGGCUAUCACACUGGCCAUCACCAGCUCACUCUUUGGUUUCUUCGGUUUUGCCAUCUACCCCAUUGCCAUGGAGCUGGCUGUGGAGUGCUCCUACCCCGUGGGAGAGGGCACAUCUACAGGCCUGAUUUUUGUUGCAAGCCAGAUUGAAGGUGUGAUUUUAAUGAUUCUGCUACAAGCCCUCACUGUGCGUGUUUCUGAGGAUCCAGCCUCCACCUGCACCCUUGACCAGGAUGGAGCCCUGGACUGGACAACUCCGGUACUCGUGCUGGCUGGCCUCUGCAGUGCUAUGGCUUGUUUCUAUGUCAUCUUCUUCCACACUGACUACAAGCGGCUCCAUGCUGAGACAAACAGUGGUGAUUUGGUCAAGGCAGAAGAUACAGCAACAGCAGAUGUUCCUGAAGCCUAA